AUGAAGCUUUCCGCUGCCCUCCUUGCCACGGGAGUCUUGAGCGCGGCUUCUGCCUUCGCUGCUCCAGGACUUGAUGUUAAGACGGCCCAUCUGGAGUCGCGCGCCCCCGUCAUCACCUGCAAUCCCAAGCUUCAAGGCGACAAGGCAAAGAAGCCGUACCAAGUAGAUGAAGCCACUGCCCGGGCUCAGGCCAAAGUGGCUGGCCCUUUCAGCAUUGACAAAGCCCCGAAGAGCGGCUUUCCGCACCGAUUCCACAACGGAGAGAAAAUUCACUUUAAUAUCGCAGACUGCGAUAAGGAGGAGGCCACUCUGUGGGAGUACCCCAUCUACUGGGUUGACAAAAAGGUUGGCAAAAAGGCGGCUGUAUGGAACAUUCAGACAAAAAAGAAAGAUCAGCCCGGCGGCCCUACCCCUAUCCGAGUCGUCUACUCGGGCGAGCCGGGUCACAUUCACUACUGCGGCGUCAUGGUCCAUUCCGAGGUUAAUAAAGACGGCGAAGCAACGGCCAAGACGUUUGACAAGUGCCCUUGA